AUGGGAAUCUUCAUAUGGGAAUCACUGGCACAAAAUGUACUGGAGGUAGUUGGAAUCAGCUCACGCCUAAUGCUGAUUAAACUCAGAAUGGGAAACAGAGGAAAAGUAGCGCCGCUACCAAUAUCGCUACUUCUCUAUGAUUUGGUAUUGGUAAUUUAUAUAGCGCUUCUUUAUGGUAAACUCAGAGGAAAAAGAACCAGCGUUGACAAACGCUUGGCCAAAUUAAAAUGUGGUCUCGUAAAUGCAUGGUCCGCUGUCAACAAGGCCGCCCUUCUGAUCGACGUCAUAUGUGAUGAAAAAGUUCGACUUCCUAUGUCAUUUAUCUCAUCAAUUUACAGACCACCCGGUCCUGUUUUAACAAGCUUUCUUGAUGAAUUUACUAAUCAUCUAGAUUUCAUCAUUGGCCAUAAUCUAGCGUUUAUCAUCCGCGGCGACUUCAACGCACCAGCACCUCUCUUGGAUAACCUAACUGUUAAUGAUUGCGUUUUUUCAGAUCACAACAUUGAGUUCUUCGACUCAACGCUCUUCAAACCACCAUCGACAAUCAUCCAUAGCUGUCGUCGCUGCACGUCAUUACAUCUUACAGAGAAUGUUAUUCUACAGAAACAGCACUCCUUCGUGUUCAAGACCAACUUGCUAACAUAUGUGGAAAUCAAAAUUGUGCUGUCAUAG